GCACAGAUUCACAGAUUCAUGGCCAUUGUCGGGCAAUCCAUGACCGCGGAUGAGGAGAAUGACUCAGAGGAUUCUGCAUCAAUGCUUGCCUGCUGCUCACCGGAGCCAGCGGAGCCGCGCCGAGCUCCCGCCCAGUUGGAGAUGUUACCGGUGCCAGCCGGACCAUUCUACUCGACAUACCAUGGGCAUGAUGCAGGCCAAUUGGAGAUCGUCCUGAACGGCCUGCUUUCAGUGAGAGAUGCCACUGUGAAGAUUUUUUUGGCGGGUGAUUCAUCUUUGGACAACAAGACCUGGCUCUUCAAUCAGGGAGCUCCUGCGGAGCGCUGGCGACCCGCCUCUGCACAUGCGCCAGCGACCAAUGGGUAUGAGCGGCUCCUGCAACCGCCAAGGAUGGUUUGCGAUGUCACUUACUGGAUGAACCAGAUCCUGCAUGACCUGCGUUCGCCAGCGUUCGCCUUGAACACCGCCAUCGAAGCAACGAGACUCUGGCCAGUCGCGUAG